UUAUUCGGUAUAUCGCAUCCUUAAGAUCGACUCUGACGUUCAAAAAAUGGCUUGCUGAUCGAUGCAUUUCCCACGUGGGCAUAACCAUACCUCAAAUCUUUGACAGCUCCACGAGAGAAACUCACCCCGGAGCUGAAGACGCCGGAGGUGGCCAUGCCUGUUUGGCGGCAACUAUACGCAGGCGAUGUACGCGCAGCAGCUCAUCGACGACCACAAGGCGCACGGCAUCCACCCCUCGCGCGUCUGGCCGACCUCGCCGAAGGGCGUGAAGAUCAUGGCGCCGCCCAUCUUUGCGCUGCUGAAUGCCACCGCGGAUGGGGAGACCGUGCCGUCGGCGUAUGCAGUUGCGGCGAAGAAAGCCGGGCUGGAUUGGUUCCUUCAGAUUCCUGCAUGGCCGAGGUUUCAUAUAUAGUGAUUGCUCGAGCAUACGGUGUACAACGUUUCGACCUCUCAUUAUUAGUCUCAUGGCCUCGAAAUCCCACUCUAAAUCAUCUGUAGGAGCA